CUUAAUUUUCCGGUCGGGUCGAGACAAGACAACCGGACCGGGGCGAAAGGCAAAUGGGGUUUCUUUCUCCCGUCUCUGACCCCGUUCGUUCUACAGCUCGAGCCCCCUUGUAGCACCUCUGGAUACUCUCUCUCUCUCUCUCUAUCUGUCAUAACACAGCGAAUCGGGAACCAACUUGUCUGCCAUAACAGAGCUCAACCACCAGAGCGUGGGCAGCUGAUGGAGGUUGCAGCUUGUGAUGGACCACCUGGAGCUGAAGGCACGAAAGACCAAAGAAGAGCAUCUCUUUCCAUGGGACAAAGGGGACAAGGCAUGAAAAGAACCACUGACCUGGGGUUGAUGGAUGGAGGAAGACAAGUGGCACAGCAGAGCCUCUACUUAAUCUUGUCAUUCUCAGAUCAUGAUCUCUUCUUCUUGGAAAGGAAGCCUCCUCCUUGUUGGUCACAGGGACCACGAGACGACGACGACACUACUACGGAAUGGAAGGCAACAGGCAGCCUUUUAAAUCCUCCAACCUCCUCAGACCUCUCCACAUCCAAGGGGCUCAUCCAGAGAUACUGAGACGGCAUUAAUUGCAGUCUCAAGCAGAAGCCAAGGAAAGGCUUGUGGUCUCCCGAAGAAGAUGAGAAGCUUUAUAAUCAUAUCAAUAGAUGUGGAGUUGGCUGUGGGAGUUCUGUGCCAAAAUGAGCAGACUUGUUUCAGCUCUUCCUUAUUGCUGAACUUUUUCCUUCUCUACACUUGGAUUUCCUCGAUAUAGUUCAGAGCCUUCUUUUCUUAAUUAUUACCGGACUGCAGUGCUGUGGGAAGAGUUGCAGGUUCAGGUAGUCAAUUACCUGAGACCAGACCUCAAGAGAGGCAGUUUCUCUCAGCAAGAAGAUGAGUCAAUUAUAAACCUGCAUGAAGUUUUGGGCAAUGGGUGACUACCGAACUUGAAGGGAACCUCUUGACCAACUCGUAGUGCCGAACUCUCUCAUGUUAUGUGAUUGCUGGUUGUCCAAAAUUGCGUCACAACUGCCCGGAAGAACAUAUAAUGAGAUCAAGAACUUUUGGAACUCAUGUCUCAAGACAAAACUCAGAUGAAGGGGAAUCGACCCGAACACCCACAAGCCACCGAGUGAUGGUGAAGAAGCACAAGUGGCGGUGGCCGGAAGAACACAUUUCUCAGUGUGCUGGUGCUGCUUUCGACCAGUUACCUUUGAAGCCAGUCUUCGACUCCUUCCCACUGAUGGAAGCACAGACAUUGCUUGGAUUCAGUAGGGAAUACCGUUGACAUAUACGGCCAAUUGCACCAGACUUUUAAUCUACUUGGACAGAAUGAAGGUUUAGCCAACUCAGGUUUAUUGGAUCAUAGCAGUGCGUUGGAUGCUUCAGAGAACUUUGGACAUGGGGAAGGCUCGAGCAGCAGCAACAGCAUCUGGAUCUGCCAUGGUAUGUGGAUCAAUUGGGCGUGGGACUCCAGAAUACAAGUGUGAUACUCGUCUUCGUGCGACUAUGUAGUGGCAGUGAUCAAUGUAAGUCCUACUUGUUCUUCCAAAUUCUUUCAUGAAAGAAACCAUUAAUUCUUACAA